AUGGAUUCUGAUGAGAGCACCGCAGCCAUCCCCGUAGGGUCCUUCUCCUCUCUUCCGCAGACGCAACCAUCCUGCUUUUGCAGAUCUCACACGUCUGCAAAAAAAAAAGGUCACACUCCAUUAUAAUUCGCUUCUCUCACUUCAGUUCGUAUACGACAUCACCUUAUACGCAAUCCCUCUAUAUAUAACUCCCCACCUUCCCCAUCCCCCUCUUCAUUUCUUCUUCCGUCUCUACCUUCUUCUCAGUUCUCACUUCUCACACGUCUGUAUCACUCACUUUGGUUUCUGGGUCCGUCGCCAUUGGACGGGCUAGGUCUGGUUCAGUUUGUCACAUCCUUCUGCUCUCCUCCGAUUCUUGACGUGCGUCGGUGAACGUGAAAACCUUCCCUAAUACCAGGGACCGCUCUCCCAUCCAAAACCCUAUUCACCACGUCACCUCUGACUCUCUGAGAUCACUCCAAACCCCCAACUCUCAUAAAUAUAGCCAUAAACCCCAACGAGAACACCCCAACGAGAACGGUUCCAUAUCCGUUUGGCUAGCUAGCUAGCUUGUAUUGACCCAAAAAAGAAAAACCUAGCUAGCUUGGGAUCUCCGACGAGUCGUGUUUGUGGCGAGAUGGGCAACUGUCAGGCGGCUGAGGCGGCCACGGUGGUUAUACACCACCCGGCAAACAACAAGGUCGAGAGGAUUUACUGGUCGGUGAGCGCUCAUGAGAUCAUGACGUCGAAUCCGGGGAACUACGUGGCGCUUGUGGUGACGUCGCCGACGUUAAAGGCCGAGAAUGGCGCGCCGGUUAAGCAUCUCAAGCUUCUGAGGCCGGACGACACUUUGCAUAUCGGACAGGUUUACCGGCUCAUCAGUUUCGAAGAUGUGUUGAAGGAGUUUGCUGCUAAGAAGUCUGUGAAGCUGGGGAAGUUGCUGAGGGAUAGAGGUGCACUUGGCCUUGAACUGAAAAAGAAAGACUCCGAUGGUCCGAAUCCGAAUUCGAAAUCCGACGACCGCAGUUCUACCAAGAUGGAGCAUGAGGCUCACCGUGUCGGAAGCAGCAGUAGUGGUGGUGGCGGUGGUGGCAGCAGCAGAGGUGUGGCGAGGAGUCAUGGUGGUGGGGGGCAGUGGAGGCCAGCUUUGCAGAGCAUUGCAGAGCUUGGUACUUGAACAUAUGGUGCACUAGCACUCAGCUCACCAUUCCCACCACUCACCCCGAAGCUCAGUCUCAGAGAUCCCUAGCUUUCUGUCAUUCUCUCGCGAAUAAAAACAAGCAGCUAGCAUGCAGCUCCGAAUUCCCCUCGCACUCUUCUCCAGACGUUUCGUAUUCUCUUUUUCUUUCUUUCUUGGAUUGGUGCAUGUUAUUAGUUGGACCUCGGUAGCUAUGGUGAUUGGUUUCAGAGUUAGGUAUAUAAAUCACUGAACUUGGAGACGUAUGUAACUUCUCACCCUCUUCUUAAUUUUAUCAAUUGUGAUCAGCUGCAACCUUGCUAUCUUUUUUUUCUUUGAGAGAAAAAGGAAAAGAGAACAACCUAGCUAUCUAUAGAUUGCCCAAGUGAUGCACUCUGUUAAUGAACUUAUUUGAACUUUGCAGAAUUUUUUAUUUUUCAACAAACAUGUGGUGCUUCAUGUAACUGGAUUUGAUAGCACUCAUUUUCAAGGAAAACAGCCGAGUCCGAUUCUAGAAUUCUACAAACUCAGAACAAGCAAUAUUAUUGUUUGUUUGAGUCAACAGAAUCCAAAACUGAAUGCUUCAACGCUUUCAAGACUUCCAAAGGCCAUGUGUUGGGGCUUUAUUGAAAGUAGAUCCUGAAUUGAACCCAAGAACUUCACCAGCUUUG